AUGAUUUGUUCGAGCAGAGAGGGUGCCACUGUUGUACCAACCACGUCGCGGUCACCGCACGGUCUCCAGGAUGAUGAUGAUGAGAUCGAUCCUGACAUCAGGGAGCUGGGGGAUUACUUCAACAUCGAGGAGCGUUGGGUGGUCCGCUUGAACGAGGCCAUGAAGUUCCGCGUCCGAACUAAGGGACAGGACCUCGAGAAGCUCUACGAAGUUCUGGAGAAGGCUCGAAGCCCCACCGGGCUGCUGACCGUUCAGAUUGGAAAGAUGGAGUGUGGCCAGUUCGUGGGGAAGAUCAAGCCUGAUAAGGACGUGGAGCGCAUGGCGCGGAAGUUCAAGUUGGAUGAUCCAGUGACCUCCCGCUUGACCGAGCUUAAGGUGUGGCGCAAGCGCAACGGCGAGGAGGAGCGGGCCACCAAAGACUUAGAACGGAUUGAAUAUCACCUUCGUUUUGCCAAGCGGCCCAAUGCCCUUUGCACCUUGCUGGUGGGGAAGCUCUUGGAAGGUGAAGUGGAUGAGCUGCCCGACCUCACCAAGGCUGAGAAGGUGAUGCAAGACUACAAGCUGGACGAGGACGCUUGCUGCAAGAUGCGGGAGAUUAUUGAGAAACGCGUGAACGAUGAAGACGUGGUCCUCACCAGCGUUCGCAAGCAUCUCAACACCGCAAGCAACGCCUCCUCAAUGCUCUGCAAGAUCGCCCGGCAGCUGAUGGACGGCGAGAUCCUGCCAGAUCCUCCCGAGCGACCGCCCAAAGGCGGCCCGUGUCGUCGAUGGCUCUGCAGGAGCUCGGUGAGGAUGCGCAUGAAUGGAGCCUGGUUUCACUCGACAAAGAAACCUUAUGGAAUAUGUAAUCAUGAGGAUGAGCAGUCCCAUGCUUCGGAGGUCCAUGCUUCGGACGUCGACCGUUUCAGAAUAGGCCGAUCGGUUGAGAGAUCAGAUGGCUUGGAGAUGGUUGGAACCUGUUGGAAUCUGUUUUUCCCAUGGGUCUUUUGA